CCUGCCGCGCCCAUGCCCUGCCCAUGCCCUGCCCAGUCUCCCAAAUCUGAAAUUGCCCAUCAUGGCAGUUUGAUCCGGCGAGCAAAACGUGGCUAUUCUUGUAAAUAGCUCCGUGAUUCCCUGAAAACCGGCUAUAUCUACGAGGAUAAAUCAGCUCCAAAACCGCAUCCAGUGGGAAAUGUUCGGAAAAAGUAGCGCUUAUCUGAAUCGCGAAUGCCGCUUCGACGUUGAAGUGUGAGAGUGGUACCUGGACUACUUUGUCUCGUAUCCGGUAGUGCACUGAACGCAGGCUUCUGAUCAUGUGAUUAUCACGCGGGCUGCGUGUACAAUGUACAUGUACACAGAUAUCAGGCGAUCUCGCGACCGAAGGACACACACACUGAUCAAAAGAUCGUCAACACAACAGCCAUGGAGGCAAGAACAACAACAGCGAUUUGGCCGAAACUACUUUCCGCUCUGACAUUUAUUUGGUGGUUCAGUGUUGUUUUAAGUACGCAGACGGGGAAAGUACCGCCUACAAAAGGCUAUCCUGUAAUUUUAAUACCUGGCGAUGGCGGAACACAGCUCUGGGCUUCCAUUGACAAACCGUCCACUGUACAUUACGUCUGCCGACAAAAGGAGUCUUUGUUCAACCUCUGGCUCAACGUGGAGGAACUUAUUCCCCUAUUGAUCGAUUGUUUUGUGGACAAUGCAAGGCUGGUGUACAACAAUGUCACUAGGACAACGUCGGAUUCCCCAGGCGUGAAUGUGACAGUCAUCGACUUUGGCAACACCAGCUCGGUGGAGUAUCUAGACCCCAGCAAAAUCUCUCUGAGCAAAUACUUUGUCGGCAUUGUGGAUGCUCUAGUGGCAGUUGGCUACGAGCGCGGCGUAUCUGUUCGAGGAGCUCCGUAUGACUUCCGCAAGGCACCAAACGAAGCCCAAGAUUUCUUCCGGAAUCUGACGAGCCUCAUCGAAGACACCUACCGACUGAAUGGAAAUCGUAAGAUAGUCUUGCUGACCCACAGCCUGGGAUGCGUCUACGCACUGUACUUCCUCAACAGACAGUCAGACCCAUGGAAAGCCAAGUACAUCCAGGCGUUUGCCCCCAUCGCCGGGCCCUGGGCAGGAGCGACAAAAAGCCUGCGAGUAACGAUGUCAGGUGACAACUUAGGCGACUUUGUCGUCUCCGCUGUCGACGUCCGCAAAGCACAGCGGAGCUGGCCCAGCCUGAGCUUUCUGUUGCCCAGCGACCGAUUCUGGGGCCCCGACGAAGUGAUCAUCCAGACGCAGAAGAGGAACUACACGGUGAAGGACUACCAGGCACUGAUGAAUGACCUGAACUACGAGGUGGGCUGGGAAAUCUACAAGGAUGUCAGGGAUCUGAUUUAUGAUCUGAAGCCUCCAGGCGUGCCAGUGUACGGUAUUCAUGGCAGAGACGUAAAGACAGAGCAAUUUUACCUGUACAACAAGGAAAAGCCGUUUCCAGAUUACCAACCGUAUAUUACGUACGGUCAAGGGGACGGAACAGUUAAUAUGAGAAGCCUCAAAGCCUACAUGAGGUGGCAGCACGAACAACAGCAGCCCGUCUCAGAGUUUGAGAUUUCUGGUGGAGAGCACGUGGCCAUUCUACAGAACACGACCCUCUUCAAGUACAUUAUCGACACAGUGCUUCAUCUGCCAUGACAUCUGAUCGACCUCUGACCUUUGACUCUUCACACUCAGCUGGAACGGACUCCUUGAAUCGGCACGGCAACAGCAUCAGGUGUCUCCUGACAAUUUACGCUUUUUGUACAUAUGAAUAUUUUUUUUAAUUAAAAAACUGAUUUCAUGGGGAAGAAUUUGACUGGGUUUGAGGCGAAAAUCUUGGACAGAGUCCCAAAAUUGGAGAGCCAGGCUUCAACCGAGUAAUUGUCAACAGCAAAGACUGUAGUUGGUACAUGGAAUCAUGGAUGUUACAUUCGUGUAAAUCCGUGCCAACGAGUAGGAAAGGGGGGGUGGGACACCACAUUACACAAGGGGGCGCUGUGCAUGAUUCUGACUGACAUCUUCAUCUGGAAGAUCACAGUAGAUUUCAAACUAUUCAUUUAUGCUCGUAGCACCACCCGCAAGACUGGCCUCCAACCCACCACGUGCAGAGUAACCCGCACAAUCCUAACUUCAGUGCACCAGAUCCCAAUGCUCUACCAUUUUCCUCGUGUAUCAAUGGUGAUCUCUUUUUGGAGUUGGUUUUGAAUACACUUCUUACAAUAGGGUUCACUUGUAAACUUUUCAACAGGAACAGUGUGAAACAUACUUGUACCUUAACCCCUUGACGACGAGAAUUUCUUUCCGAAAGCCGACUCCAAGAAUUCCAGCCUCGCUUUGCCAUGAACGCCA